AACCAGAUCUAGGAGACUUUGAAGACAUUGGUGAACCGAAGGACAUUACACAAAUAAACAUGGAAUCACAUUUAAAUGAUGAUAUUCUGGAGGCACCGGACAGGCAAAGGAGCUCUGUUGUUUAUGAUGAAAUUCUUUGGACAUCCCCAGUCUCGUAUGUUYUGGAAAAUGACCUUGACAUCAAUGCCAGAGGAGUGAUCCUGAAGGCCUUCGACGAGUACAGGUUGAAGUCAUGCAUUGACUUCAAACCAAGGGACUCUGAAUACUAUUACAUCUCUGUCAAACAAUUAAACGGAUGCUACUCAUAUGUUGGGAAGUUAUUUAGUGGACAGGAUCUCUCCAUCGGCAGAUUUUGUGAUGACAUCGCCAUUGUGGAACAUGAGUUUCUCCACGCUCUUGGCUUCUACCACGAACAAAGCCGUUAUGACAGAGAUGAUCAUGUAACCAUUGUUUUCGAGAACAUCAUAAAAGGUUUUGAGAAUAACUUUAAUAAAGUUAAUCAGAGCCAGAGCACGAUAUCAGGACUCCCAUAUGACUACACCUCAGUGAUGCACUACGGCCCAGAUUCAUUCACCAAUGGAAACGGGUCUACAAUUGUCACCAAAGACCCAAAGUUCCAGAGUGUGAUCGGUCAAAGAGAGCAAAUGAGUCCAAUCGAUGUUAAGGAGCUGAACCGCCGCUACAAAUGCAAUUCAACCAUUGCAUUUAAAAUGUCAUGCAGCUUCUCUAAUGGGAGCAUGUGUGGGAUGAACAACUGCUCAAAGAGUGGUGAAGGCAGUGGCUGGGAAAUGGUAAAACAAGCACAAGGGGGUCCUAAAACUGACCACACCACUCUACCCAAUGCAAGCAGUGAGAAAGGUGAAGGAGUAGGUUAUUUCAUGCAUGCUAGCACAGCAAGCAUUCAGGAAGGAMACACCUCAUGGCUGGAGACCAAGACGAUGAAGCCAACUAGGGAGUGUCAUGUCCAGUGCCUCCGGUUCUACUAUUACCACAGUGGGGACRAAUCAGAUAUACUGAACAUCUGGAUCAGAGAGUUUGAAGAUGAAGAUGACUCUGAAGGAACCCACCGCCUCAUGGCACAGAUCACUGGUCCUCAAACAUCUCACUGGCGCAUCCAUCAUGUUUCCCUAAAUGCCWCCAAGCACUUCCAGKUGGAGUUUGAGGCUCGUAAAGGAGCAGGGAACUCUUCAGGCGGUUUCUCAAUUGAUGACAUCAAUCUAUCUGAGAUUGAGUGUCCACAUGGAACCUUGCAGAUUGAUAAUUAUAUGGAGGUUACAAACUCUACUAAKGCAACCAAUGUGUACACCCCACGGCAGUACACCAUAGACGGCUAUGCCUACCGGUUACACGCAGUGUUGUACAGGAGCUUCUUCUCACUGGGUAUCCAAAUGUUGUCAGGCGAAAAUGAUGACAAGCUGAAGUGGCCUUGCGCACAAAGGCAAGUGACUCUACGAAUGCUGGACCAGACACCAAACUUCCAGAUGCACAUGUCAAGGGAUCGAUUUUUCACCACUGACCCAAAUACAGUCAACUCUAGAGGCAUCAGUCCGUGGGACAAUCCUCGUAAGAAUGGAACUGAAUUCAUUGAUGAGAAUAAUCAGACUGCCUAUCACGGAUAUUCAUAUGGCUUCAGAACUUUUGCACGUUCUGAAGUAAUUAACUCCAGAAACUACCUCAAGGGAAACAGUUUGAUUUUAACCUUCAGCUUCCAAGAUCUCAAUCCCUUGAUAAAUAAAAGUGCUUUGCCAUGUCCUGAGCUGGCACCAGUGAAGAUUGCACAAAAUCAGUUGUAA